UUGGUUCUACGGCCCCGUGCGGGGGCAACAGUUACCCGCAAUGAUUAUUGGUGGUGGCCCAGAACGCGCGCAUUCGGAGUGAAGACCGGGAUUUGUGGCGUUCUUGCACGUUGCGGAGGUGUGAAAACAUGCUCGAUUCUACCCGAUCGGUUGAGCAAUCGUAUGUUGUGGGUCAGGAAAAACUCUCAGCGCAAAACUCAAGAUUUAAUAGUGGCAGGAGAAGGGAGGAAGGAGCACGAAAGGGUGCGCGUGGUGGGGUCAACGGGUUAUGUGGUGUAGUAGCUAGGCGGUGUGUGUUAGUAGAUGGUUCUUUGGUGCUAGUGCGUUGAGCCGAGAGAGUGUUCUGCGCAAGCGUAUGCCAACGAUCCGCUUCUACAUCCCCCUAGCGAGCAAGUUGUGUGUUGAUCGAUCACGAAUAAUCCACGUCGUUGCCCUUCGAUCGCUCCAGCCCUUUCACUUUCAUCGUGUCCCACGUGCAACAGUCGUGCAAAGACCUUCCGGAGUCAGAAUAAACACAAAAAUUCUAACCAAGGUCGUCGUCGUCGCCGUAGUCAUCUGAGAUGAGGCAUGUGAGAUGUGAUCUUUGCGGUUUGGGAUGCUCACGAAAUCGUCACGAAUCUCACUAGAUCGCAGUGUUUAACGCACACAACCGCUCGGUUCGCGUGAAUAUCGUCGGAUUCCACCAACACACAAAUCUCACGUUUUCACCAGAGGUUUGAUCGUAAAGUUACUUUUUUUUCUAACCGUUUGCCUGCAAAACCAGUGCCCGUAUUUUAUCGUUAUCGUUGCGGGUAGAUACAUGCACGAGUGAUCCUUUUUCCUUUAAAAACACUCGCGAGAACGUAUACCUGUGUUCGUUUUCAUCAACCCGCGCUGGGCUACUUCCGGUCUUCCGGAAGCGGCAUUAAUGGCGACAUCCUGUGAUUCGCGAUCGUUACAACAAUUCACGAGAGUGCGAGUGAGUGUGAGGUGGACUCUCUUUUAGUUCUAUCGGACCGACACCAACUACAAUUAGUAGAAAAUGGUGUUAUAAUGAGUUGAAUUCAUUUCAUUUUAGUGUAGUGCGGUGAUUAGAUGUGAAGAAGCAGAAUCGCGUGCCCGGCCCGCGAUCACGGAACGCGUACCAACGCGUGCCAGCAGCCUGCUCCAAAUGUGCUGGCCAAUAGGAAAUAGGCCAACUUAUCUACAUUUACCAAUCCCAUAUGCCGCUUGUUCCACGUGACUAACCGGACAAAACAGUGCAGCAGCGUAUAGAAAUUGUACCGGCACCUCAAUCACAGCCGGCCUACCUGUUAUCUAUAUCGCCCGUUAACCUCGGGACCCUUAUCUUCGCCCCUUCGGUACGGAACUGGUCCGGCGCUACAGUUGUUGCAUUUUCGGAACUAUUCCGUUCCGGCAAUCGCAAAAACAUAAUCGCAGGUGGUGGAGCAUCAUCCUGCCGGCCAUUCCCACGGGCUGCACCUUGCGUUCGCGCAGCGUGUGAGUAAUGACGACCGAACGGCAGGCACAGCAUCACCGUCACCACCAUCACCACCCACAUCUGUCCACGAGAGUAUGUUUUGAUGCAUUAUCGGUGUUGAAUAAUGUAAAUCUCGUGGAAAAUGUGUGCAGCAUCUGCGGCGCAUCCCACUACACCCAGAACUGUCCAGAGUACGUCAAAGGAGAUCAUGUUAAGGAUAAGCCAUCGCUUAACCUGUCAAGGUCAUCGGUGCCCAAUGGGCUACUGAUAAUGGACACACCGGACGGGGGUAGCUGCGUAGUCACGUCACAGAAGUUCGCCAAAGGAACUCGGUUCGGUCCGCUGCUCGCCCAACGUUCGUACGUCCCGGUGCAGGAUAUUCCGUUUCCGCUCGUCCUAUUCGCCGCUCCCUACACGUACCAGGGUGAGGAAGAAGAGUAUAGCCGGGAGCUGCAGACGCUGUUCAGCAGUGGUCGUAACAUCCAUCUGGACACCCGCAACGAAGCAAAGUGCAAUUGGAUGAUACACGUUAGUUUGGCACGGUUUUCGAACGAGCAGAACCUCAUUUGCUAUCAGGAGAACGACGAAAUCUAUUACACCGCCGUGAAGGACAUCGAGCUGGGCGACAUCCUGCGGGUGUGGUACUCGCGAAGCUACGCCGCAAAAAUUGGAGCCUCCCUGUUGGAGCCAAGUCCGUACGAUAUCUGCAACAAUAUUCUACGCUCCGUCAGCAUGGAUUAUGGGUUCGAGUUGGACAAGACCGUGACUGGUAGUUUUGGUGUGGAGGAGUUUAAUGGUUCACCGACGGGCAGCUCAAACUCGUUCGGUGGAAGUAACGGUCCCAGCAGUGUUUCUACCAUCGGUAGUGGUCCGUCUUGUGUUGGUGGGCGAAUUACCAGUGGUAGCAACAGCGUCAGCAGCAGCAGCAGCAGUACUACAGCGUGUCGUCUACUGUCCUCUGCAUACGAGGAUCACUGCACCGGAGCCCAUCAUCAUGCGGGAGUCUGCGUUGAAAGUGGUCUCGCUGAUAUCGAUAGCAACAACAAUAGUGGCAGCUUCUGCGCAUCGAACGGUGUUCCAUUUGGUGGUGGGACGGGUCAGUGCAACGGGGAAGUUUCUAACAUCGCAUCGACCUCGGCAUACGAUAAGGUAUCGUUACCGCCCAUCGAUAGCUUGAUGAAGACGACCUCACCAAAUUAUCACAGCAACACACCGCAACAUCAGCAGCACCUGUUCGAUAUGGAUUUGCUAGCGGGUGAUGUACCGCACACCGCCUCCAUGUCCUCCAUGCACCACUCCGUGGAUGGGACGGAUUUAAUGGAAGGCUACUUCAGUCAUAGCUCAUUCACCCAUUCUAGUCACCAGUUGACGGCAUCUCAGCCACUUGAUCAGCACCAGCAACACGUGCAGCAAUCGCAUUUGGCUCAGCAACAGCAGCAACACCAGCAACAGCAACAGCAACAGCAACAUCAGCAGCUGCUAACUUUCCAGCAAGACUUGCAUCAACAUAAUCAGCAACUUCUUCAGCAACAGCAGCAGCAACCGCAGCAGCAUACCGACUUGAUAUCUGGCUCGCAAGAAGAUGAUCUUCGAUUUGUACGGCAGCUAAGCGCACAGUUUGAACAACACCAACAUGCCGGCCACCAAUCGCUGGAACUGCAUCAGCCGCAGCAACAGCAACAGCAACAACAACAGCAACAGCAACAACAACAACAACAGCAACAACAACAGCAACAACAACAGCAGCAACAACAGCAGCAGCAACAACAGCAGCAGCAACAGAUGCUCGACUAUCACCCAACAUCCGCCUGUCUCCCGGACGAUACGUUGAGCCCCGCGGAUUUGAUCAACAUUUCGCUUGGUGCCAGUGAUAUGAACAUUUCGUUCGAUUCGUUCGGCGACAAUAGCGGUGGCCAGCUGCUGGGCUACGAUGCCGUCAGUGACGAUGGUCCGGAUGGUGUGAGCUUUUGCGAAUCUAGCUUUGCCCUACUUGCUACUCCGGGUAGUGGUAGUAUCGGUGGUGGAGCCGGUGAUAUGGUUGGUGGCUUGGAGAAGCUCCACAGCCGCUUCUCAUCCUCUUCGGAUUCGUUGAUCACACUGCACGAUGCCGCUGGAUGUGGUUUAGGGUUGACCGCUGACACGCCACCUGCUUCACUAGCACCACCGUCCACACCGGGUACAGUUGCACCAGCACUGCCGGCGGAGGUGGCAGAUGCAGACAAGAAGUACGUGUGUGAGGUAUGCCUGCGGAAGUACAUGACCAAAUCAAACCUCGAUAAGCAUGUACGCAAACAUAAUCUAUUCCUGUGCGUGUUCUGCAUGAAGCUGUUCCAGCAGGCGGACGAAAUGAAGGAUCACGAGUGUAGCGAACGGCGAACCAAGUCUGCCUAUCUGCACUGUCCCAAGUGCCUGAAAGUGUUAUCGAACUCGUGGUCUUUGCAACGUCAUAUGAAAAUCCAUAAAGACCUCACCCAGGAUGGCGCUGGGGUAACACUCGAUGAACUGGCGGUAGCCGUGGUCAAGGUUGAGAAAGAUCUGCCAGCCUUUGAGGAUCUAUCCAGUGCAACGCCACCAAGCGAGGAUCUCAAGCCAACGAGCGCCAUCGUAGUUCCGUUCGAGAGAAACGUGAUGCUGUCGAUGGGGCACGAAAUUAAGCAGGAAAUGUUCGAUACAGAAGUGAGUUUAAUGGCAGACCAACGACAGCAGCAGCUUCCGGAACCGGUUGCUAUCAAAUCGGAACCAGCUGGCGGCAAAACAGGCUCAUCGUCGUCACCUCCAACAUCUCCUCAAACACCGGCAGUCGUCUCCGCUUUACCUAGUACGAGCUCUAGUGCGGCCGCAAACACGACCUCGAGUCAGGAUAUGCUCACCAACGUACAGGCACCGAAUGGAAAGCAGCUCUACAAGUGUAUCGUGUGCUCGAAGCUAUUCAAAAACCCGAACGCACUCGAGAAACAUCUGCGUAAGGUUCACACCGUGUACACCGUAUCGAAUGAUCACAAAUCCGAGAAGAAGGUGCUGAGCCAGAUCAAUCAAAAGAAAACGUCACCGAUUAAACCGGCUAUUGCUAAAGCACUGGCCACGAAGCUAUCCCAGAAAAGCAAAAAACAAGAAGAGCUAAACGCUGCAGCGGCAGCAGCUGCAGCAGCAGCAGCAGCAGCGGCUGCCUCAGGUUCGGAUUCAAAAAAUACGCUGGAUGGUACUGUCGCACUGGUUAAUGCGAACAGUGUGGUGCAACCACCAUUACCCGUACAAGAACAUCACAUACCGAGAGUAGCUUGCAUGGAACCUGCUUCUUCACAAAUCCCGUCCCGACAAAAUGCGAAGAAAAAAGCGACAUCAAAUGGCGAAGGUGGCGAGAAGAGCAGCAAUUCCGCUAACCUCUCAAUCCCCGGAACCACCAAUGGUAGGCAACAUUCGAUUGUUGGCGGUUGUAACCGGCAAGGCGGAUCGAAUACGAAGGAACCACAUACGGCAGCUUCUUCAUUGCCUGCAGCCACACCAUCCGCCAAAUCACACAGCAUCAUCAUUAUCUCGAACUUAGAACUGACGAACAACAACUUGAUCGAUACCAGCCAACUUUUUCACGGUGGAGCGGCCGGAUCGGGUGGCGCUACUAGCAGCAAUACUUUGGGGAACAAGAUCGAUUUGAAAGUAUUAAAUGCAACGGAUAAAUUGCCUAAAUUGGUACCGAUUUCGAACCAUCAUCACCAUCAAUCGACUAUCGUUGGGAUGGGCGGUACGACAUUACAGUUGUCGGCGAGUGGAGGAGGAACGAUAAUGGUACCACCGCAAGCGACACCAGCAUCCGCAGUUAACAUAACUGAUUCGAAUGUCCAAAGUGGUAUCGGUCAGCAGGUGGAUAGUGUGUUCUCUUCGACCGGUACGACCGCCGGAGAUGUCGAUGCAGGUUGUGGGUUCUUGAUAGAGGAUAUCUCUAACGCUGGAGGUAGUAUGAGUUCGGCUUCCACGUUGCACGAAUCGCAGCUAGGCACGUUGCCUUCUGCCAAGCAGACGCAGAGCAAUGAGGGAUUAAACGGAGAGGACGAUCUAUCGAACUAUCAACUGAAGCGCCAUAUGGAAAUCCACGACAGUGUGUACUACACUUGCCCAUAUUGUGAUCGUGGCCCGCUGAAAGCAAAGGCGUCACUCCGUAAGCAUCUCUACAACGUACAUCCGGAACGUGCUCCACCAAAAGAGCAAAUUAACAAGUUCAUCUCAACGCUGGUUGUAACGGAUGAGACCGUUUUGCGUGAGCUGGCGAUAAAGAAUGAGCAGAAAAUUCGUAACAAGUGCGCCAAAGUGCAAGCCAAACAAGUGCAGCAACAACAGCAACAGCAACAGCAACAACGGCUACAACACAAUGCUCAGAAACAAAGACAGCAGGAAACCCGACGAAACCUAGAAAGCACUAGCCAUUCGUCUCCGAUAACCCUUGUAGCUAACGGCACAGGAACAUCCGGUGGCAUGGUGUUGUAUGAGAAUGGGUUUCCAGGUUCGGUGUUGAGCGAAGAGGGUGAUGAUAUGCUUUCCUUCAAAACCAUAUUUCCAUCCGAAGGCAGCAUCGGAGAGUCAUCGAUUGAUCAAAUGGAUCACGGUUCGCUUGAGAACUGCGAUCAAAGCAGUACGUGCAGCAGUAGUACCAAUCAUAUUUCCCUGUCCGGAGCCAGCUCGAUGGCAAGCCACGAGGAGGACAAAAAACGAAAAUCCAGCCAUAGUAAUGAGCAACAGCGGUCGAACCGGUCGCAGCAACAUCCGGUUGGUAGUGGUGGCAAUGGACGAAACCACAGUCUUGCUGAUGGUGGGCUUAUGGUUGGUGAGGGGAAAAGGAUGAAGAUGAUGAGCUGUCCGUCUCCGGUUGCUGGGCAUCGAUCAACGCACCUCGCCGGUACGAGUGGCGGCCCGAUGAACGAUGGUACUAUUGCACCCAGAGAAUCUGGCUUCGGUCGAUGCAGUAAUGGUGGCACAAUUGUUGGUGGAGCAACAACCAACAGCGCACUGAAUGGCACAGGCACAGGGCUUCGCUAUUUACGUAAGAAUCAUUCGCAGUCUACUGGAGCAUCAUCGUUGGAUGCUGUGAGCGCUGGAGGAUCGGCAUCUGGUUCGCUCGUCACCGUCCCGCAUGGACACAAUUCACAGCCUCAAGGUUCGCUAGUAGUGGAUGGUGGCGGUGCACCUCAACUUAACCUCGACAGUCUGUUUGGCAACAUUUCGAUCGAUAACUACGAAUUUGAUGAUAACACAACGAUCCAAUCGUUCAGUUUAAUCGAGGAAAAGUUUAAAACAUCGUUCGACCAAAUCCAAGAAAAAUUGGAUGCCGAGCUUCCGUUCGACGAGGAGCAAAUCAAAUGGCAGAACAAUCUGAUGGCAAACGAUUCAUCGAGCGAAAUUGGUGACAAGAUGCUGAACGGCGAAGAGAAUAUGAUGCUUAUCUAAGAUUGGACUUAAUACGAUGUUGAAAGUGCAGGUUAGCAGGAGGUGAAUCCAUUUCUUUCAACAAACUCCUUUAACGCCGCCGAAGAAUGAGCGCUAAAUUGUCAUACUUGGUGCUUGUUUUCUGCAGCAGAGAUAUUUCGCAUAACCAAUCCUUUGAAUGGCCUAUUCCUCUUAUUAAUAUUUUGAACAUCUACUUGAUGGCCAUUUUCUUUUUGAAGUUAUAAUGUUUAAUCAUAAGAGUUAGCUUAUUUAUUCCGAUAACUAUUUUGGUUUGUUCGUAAGCAGCACAGUUCUACUUUGCCCACAAGAAGUUUCUUAAGAGGUUAACUUGGCUAUAAUUUAUAUUUUGAAUCUUAAACAUCGCAAUAUAUGUAUAUUAUUUAUGUAUUUAUUAAAAGCGUGUGAGGGUCUGGAAUUCUCAAUUUAAUACCACUUGCCCAGCCCAUCUAACCCAUCAUUGAUAUUUAUUAGUGCAUAUUUAUGUUAAUUCAAUUCAGUAGCACGUAUCGAUCCACUUACUUCUUCCUUCUUUUCUUAAUUUAUCGAUUCGAUUUAGAUAUAUUUGCGUUUGUUUUCCGUUGUCUACCAUAUAGUCUAGUCCCCAAGCCAAACUCUUGGAAGAGUGAAGCGUUACUGUAUGUGUCAUUUAAACCAAGAAGAAAGCAAAGCGUUCUUAAUAUUAAGAAGUUGUACAAUUUAUCCAAACUAUCCAAUGUCGAACUCCCCACUGCUUAACCAAGCGAACUGAUGAGUGAACGAUAGGAUCUUUUAGUCACAUUUCGACCAAAGGCUAAUAGAAACAGGAAGAGCCCAACAUGGUGCACGCAACGUAUGUGGUCUCGGUCUAGAGGAGGGGAUGGAAAUAAUAGCUAUUACUUAGCUCACUUAAAUUUAAUAAGGCUAUGCGUUGUGGAAGAUGAAGCUCUAUCAAACUAUCAUGACUGAAAAAAACUUAUAUGAAUAGAAUGAACCACAGUGAGAGCAUUCUUGGCAGAGUUUUUUGGACGGGCAGCGUCGCCAUGCCGACACAAACGCUGGUGCAAUCAACUUAUACCUAAUAUUGUACAUUAACCGGCGUUGCCAUGGUUAUCGUUUGUUUUUAUACUUUAUCGACACAAGCACAUCUGAACUUCUCAACUACCACGUGCCAUCUUGCUUCCCUAUCAUGAUUCGCGUGCAGUAAGAGACCAAAGCAAAACUACAUAAAAGAAUGUGAAACAACGUUAUGGUCAAACCCCGGUUGAAUCUCAGAUAGAAAAUGAUAAGCGAAGCUUUUAUUAUACACCAACUAUGUCCACCACGUACAAGAGUGCGAAAGUCCGCCAGAGUGUCAAGUAACUUGAAACCAAAAAUGGCUUGAGAAAUCCAUCGCGCUUUAUAUAAUGAUAGUCUUGUGAAUUAAAUAAACUGUAAAAUACGUUCUUUUUCUUUGGAAAUACUCUGCGUCGUUCAUUGAGCUAAAACAAUGCCUAAUAAUCCUUGUAUUUAUGUGCAACUUCAUG